UCCGUGUCACUCAGGUGCGGCUGUGCAAGUUGUCAACGUAAACAAUGUCUAAUAAAGAAGUAAAAGCGGCUCUGAAAAGUGCCAGAGAGGCCAUUAAAAACAAGGAAUUCAAAGAGGCUCUAAAACACUGCAAGACUGUUUUGAAACUUGAGAAGAACAAUUACAAUGCCUGGGUAUUCAUCGGCUUGGCAGCCAGUGAACUGGAGCAGCCUGAUCAAUCACAGACAGCCUACAAAAAGGCCGUGGAACUGGAGCCUGAGCAGCUGCUGGCUUGGCAGGGCCUAGCAAAUCUUUACGAAAAGACUGAUCAGUGGGAUUUCAAAGUUGAGCUACCUAACAUCUAUCAGAAGCUUGUGGAGCUCUAUGCAAGCUCAGACAAAAAGAAAUGUUAUGAGGUGAUCAAAAAGCUGUCAGAUAUCUAUCAGUCUGACAAAGAAUAUUCAAAGUUGGCAGAGGUUUGGCUGCAGCUCGUUCAGCUGAAGGAGGAAGAGGCUGUGGAUAAGAAAGAGUUAGUGCAGCUUUUGCAGCAGAUGACCCAGCUCCUGUCAGACUGCCUUAAUGAGGAGGAGCAGGACAAUGAAACUCAACAGCAUAUAAUCACAGCUUUUGAGAAGGCCAUGGUUCUCAUGGAUCCUGUACCAGGAGAGGAGCACAAGAAGGUCUCCGCUGACUAUAUUAAAUGUCUUUCUAAAAUGCCAUUAGAAGAAAACAAAAUGAAAGUGGCAUGCCAAUCCAUGCUGUCCCUCUACCCCAACCAAAGUUAUCCUCUUGAGGUCCUUUGUAGUCACUACCUUAAAACAGGUUAUUUGGAUGAGGAUGCAGUUAGCAGUUUCACCAAACUCCUGGAUCUGACUCCUAACAAUGGAUUAGGCCACUUGGGUUUGGGUACCAAAGCACUCCAAGAAAGGAGGUAUCAAGACGCCAUCAAGGACCUCUCACAAGGACUCAAGAAAAUGAGCUCAACCACUGGAUGGUAUAAUCUGGCAGAAGCUCAGUUUAAAGUGCACAGAUACUCCAACAGCGCUACAUCAUGCUCCCAAGGUUUGAAUAUAUGUGUUUCUGGAGACAAGGAGCUGAGGGUCAAACUGCUGAGAUUAAAGCUAGAGGCCACAGUGAGAAGUGGAGGAGAGAAGGCUGCAGAGCAGGCUUUGGAGAUGUUUUCGCAGAUUUCAGAAGCUGAAAAGGACCCAGUUCUUUUAGUGCUUAAAGGACGUGCACAUCUCAACAAAGGACAGAUUAAUCAGGCACUUAAGGUGUCAUCAGAGCUGGCGAUCUCCAACCCAAACCUGGCUGAGGGAUUUGCACUGAGAGGACUGAUACACAUAGCUGAAGGCCAGCAGCACCAGGGAGAGCAGAGUUUCCUGAAGGCCACAAAGCAGAGACCAGACUGUGGAGAGUUUUAUUUCUUGCUUGGACAACUCUACUGGGACAUGGGAGAAGAGACACGUAAAGACCGGAGCAAAGCCCAUACUCACUUGCUAAAGGCUGCAAAGUUAGAUCCACACCUUGGCUGUGUAUUUCGCUACCUUGGCCAUUAUUAUCGAGAUGUGGCGAAUGAUUAUGGCCGUGCACAAGGCUGCUAUAAGAAAGCCUUUCAGUUGGACGAUGACGACGCUGAGUCUGGAGCUGCAUCAGUGGAUCUUAGUAUGAGACAGGAGGAUAUGGACACUGCAUUAUCAAUACUUCAGUCAGUGAUAGAGAAAGCAACUCCAGGCUCAGCUAAAUGGGCCUGGAUGAGACGAGGCCUUUACUACCUGAAGACUGGAGAACACCAACAGGCCAUAUCUGAUUUGCAGGCAGCUCUGAGAGCUGAUCCUGAGGACUGGGUGUGCUGGGAGUGUUUAGGUGAGGCCUACCUUAACCGCCGGAGCUUCACAGCCGCUCUGAAGGCCUUUGGUAAGGCCCAUCAGCUUCAGCCCUGCUCCAUCUACAGUGUCUACCAGGCUGCUGCUAUCAAACAGACUUUGGGCAAGUUCAAAGAGGCAGUCUCAGAGUACUUGCAGAUAACAGCACAGCAGGACUAUGUUCCUGCUCUUAAAGGUCUUGGGGAGUGCCAGCUGUCUCUGGCAAAAACUUUAAUGGAGGACUGCAGAGAUGGAGGAGCCAUUGACCUCAUUCAGCAAGCUAUACAGAACCUCUUCAGAGCUGUACAGUUGCGACCAGACCUGUCUUGUUUGUGGAAGCUGCUGGGAGAUGCUUGCACCACAGUUUGCAUCGUGUCUCCAAACAAAGCCCGGGUUCUAGUGCCUGCCUUACUGGCUGGUUUGGACCCCAACACAGAGGGCCACAUGUUGAACCAGUCCCAGGUGCUCAAAGCUGGUGAGAGGUGCUAUGCUCAUGCUUUGAAGCUGAUGCCUGAGGUCCCCAGCCUUUGGUAUGAUUUAGGAAUCAACUAUUACCGCCAGGCCACCAAACCACCUGAGGGAGACCAGACCUCCCUGUCUCUGCUACUGGAGAAGGCCCAACAGUGUUUGAAAAAGGCUGUCAUGAUGGGCAGUGGGAACCAUAGCCACUGGAAUGCCCUUGGAGUGAUUUCCAUGAACAAAGGUCUUGAGAACUAUGCUCUGGCUCAGCAUUGCCUCAUCAAGUCCAUACAAGUUGAGCCAAAUAAUGUUGUUGCCUGGACAAACCUUGGUACCCUGUAUUUGAAGAAGGACAACAUAGAGCUGGCACACAAGGCUUUCAAGAUUGCUCAGUCCUUGGAGCCACUUUAUGUCAACUGCUGGAUUGGACAGGCACUGAUAGCGGAAAACGUGGGAAGCUAUGACACCAUGGAUCUUUUCAGGCACACCACUGAACUUAGCACACAUAUGGAAGGAGUGAAAGGUUAUGCCUACUGGGUUUGUUCCACCCUGCUGGAUAAGAGCAACAGAGACUCUGAACUGUAUCGCUACAACAUUUUGCAGAUGAAUGCGAUCUCUGCUGCUCAGGUGGCACUCAGCAAAUACACAGAGAGGAUCCAGUGUGACCCUGAUGCCUUCAUUAUGCUGGGCUACCUAAAUGAGCAUCUGCAGCUGAAGAGGCAGGCCUUGCAGGCUUACCAAAGAGCGGUUGAACUGCUUCAGUCCACGUCCUCUUCAGAAGAGCUGGCUUUUUCUCUGGGCUGUUAUGGCCGGGCUUUGUGCACCUCUGGCCAGUGGGAGGAGGCGGUGCAGGUUUAUAAUUCUACUCCACUGCAGGAGCUCAGUGACCUUGUUGGGCUGGCUCUGGCCUACUGCAGGGCAGGUCUCUUCCCAGAAAGCAUUAGUGCCUAUGAGCGUGCCUUGGCUGUGGCUUCCAGUGAAAAGGAGAAAGCCUACAUACUGACAGCUUUGGCUUUGCUGCAGAAUCGGCAGGGCAACCUCGACUCAGCCAAGACUCUGCUGUUUAAAUGCUCAAUGUUAAAGGAGCCAAUCUCAGAGUCGCUGCUGUGUUUGUGUGCUGUGGGAUUAGUCCACGGUGAUGCUACACUAGCUUCUGCUGCUUUGACUGAGUUGCUAAAACAAGGUUCAGCCUCUGGGAACGUUGUGGAGCAGCGAUGUCUGCUCACCUGCUCCUUGCUGGCUCUGCAGGGCAACUUCAGUGCCGUACAAAGAGAAGCUUCCAGAGCUGUACACAGCAAUCCUGGAAACGCAUCUCUGUGGGCCCUUCUCUCCAGAGUAGUACCACAAUACUACCCCAGAAAGGCAAAUGGUGGUGCAGUGGCUGGCCAUGUUGCCUGUCUCUCCAGUAUGACCCAAGGAAAGAGGGCGUUGUUGCACAGUGGAGUGAAUCAGCUAGCUAGUGGGAGAAACUCUGGAGAGGACAAGCACAAGAAUGCACUGAAGACCAUGCAGAGAGCUGUUCUCCUUUGUCCUGAUGAUCCAGCUACAUGGGCCGGGUUAAUGGCUGCCUGUCACACCGAAAACACUUCUUGUUAUCUUUCUGGCUCUGCCCCUCGCAGACAAGCACUGGCAAAUCUCAUGUCAGUGGUUUCUGAGAAAGUGCGUAAUGUGGAGGAGAUAGAACGUCCUCUAGCUCAGACUCUGGAAGGCUGGGUACUACAGCAGGCGGUGACGGGUCUCAUGCUGGAGGGGCAGCUGGAGCAGGCGGAGGCCCUCUGCACACAGGUGCUGAACGUGUCCCCUGAACACCCAGCAGUGAUGCUGUCAUUGAGACAAGUGCAGUGUCAGCGCCUCCUCAUGGCUAAUAGUGGUACUGUCCUCCCUGACACUGUGCUGGAGCAGCUCAACAAUGCCGUGAUGAUGAACCCCACCAACCUUGGGGCAUGGCAUUGGCUGGCUGAGGUAUAUCGUAAUCAGGGCCUGCUGGUUCAAGCAGUCAUGGCUUACAGACAGAGUCUGCAGCUGGCCUCGCAGCUUGGCGUGCACAGCUGCCAGGUAGCCAGCCUGCUCCGACUUGCCCUGUUAGCGUUUGGACCCUGUAUGGCGGGUGUCCCAGGAAAUGAGUGGCAGGACCUGGUGCUGGAAGCUACUACUGAGGUUUUGAAGCUGGACUCAUCCCCAGUGGCCCUCCUUUUCCAGGCCCUCCUCCAGUAUGUGACCAAGAUGGCUGCUAGGGAAACAAGACGUUUGCUGGAGAGGCUGGUAUAUGUUCCCUCUCAAGAGUUCCCAGUGACAGUGGUGCAGGUGGCCAGCUGGUAUCUCCUUAGACACUUGCAUGCCAAAAACGACCAGGAACUCAUGAAUGUCCUUUUGCAACAUGCCAAAAUGAAUGGAGAUCAAAGAUUGCUGGAGUUUCAUUCACUGCUUGCCUCUUCUUCAUCCUGAAUUUUGCAACUGUAUCACUGUGCAUCUACUACUACAUUAUGAAAUCAUGCAUUAGCUGGUUUGUUUACAGACAAAACACCACUAGUUCAACUUACCUGGGUCUUUCAACUAAUUAUAAAAUCUUAUCAAACAUGAGAUUAUGGGUCUGAUAUCAUCAUUGUGACUUUAUUGGCUUAACAUAUUUAUUUGAUUUUACAUCGUUCAGGAAAUAAAAUCAGUUCAUUCAUUUAACUCAUCACUGCUACUGCAUGUUUCAGAUGUUUCAAAAAUAGAAUACUCAUGUCGACAUUCAGGAUGAAAUAAAGACAUUUUGCUCAUAUAAA